CAAUCGUGACUUCCCAUCGUCUCCGCUGAGUCCGCUCCCCGCGUCAAUCUGCGUUCUUCAAAUUUUUAAAUCUUCAGCUGGUGGAAGGGAGUGCUAUGCCGUGAUGAUCUUUCAUGUGUUUCUGAACAUCGAGAGCUGACACGGGCCGUCGACGGACGAACCGCGAUGGAAGAGAACAGCCCAGGAAGGAAGAAACGCUGUCGGAAAAGACGAGACAGCAGCCUUGUCGAAGAUAGAACUUCGCAAAGCCUCGCGACUGGCAAAGACCCCGAACCUCAGUCAACCUCAAGGCAGCAACCUCAACCAGCUAAACCGAAGGACUCAACGCGUGUCGUCAAAUCUCCCAAACGAAGACUAAAACGCAACGAUCAACAGACCGACGCGCCCGACGAUUUGGUGGGACACAUCCUCAAAGCGUCGACAUCGGCACCCAAAGUCUACGUCCGUCGGUCAGCCGAACGACUCGAGCAGCCGGCAUCCAAAAGCACCGAUGGGACUGCGGCGAAGAAGCCGCGAAAAACCCUGGGGCAGGCGCUUCUCGGGAAGUUGUUCGAAGUGUUCUCCAGGGCGAAAGAGUUUACAAAGCCCUCUUCGCACUCUAGUGCGGCGUUUUCUGACGACGAAGAAAGCGAAGAUUGCGCCAGGCCGCGAGAUGCAUCGAAAAGGACGCUGCACCUCACCACGACGUUGAGCAAAACCGAUGUCCGGAGCAGACCAUACGAGUUGCCCGCGCGGCCGUCACUCGAAGCUAGGCGCCGCGCGGCUUUUGAAUUGCCUCCGCAGAGCACAGUUGUCCAAGACGCCGAGGAUCUCAGAAAGACACGCAACUUUGGUCAGCUUCCGUACUGUCAGGCCUCUGCGUCUUCUUCAGCGCCUUGCGCUGUCAAAAGAGGCGCAGGCUCGGAAUUUCACUCACUGUCAGCGAGCCCUGAGCAAAAGACGUUUCCAGGGUCGUCAUCGGGCGUCGCCUACACCACGUUCAGUGAGAAUCGCUUGGCCUCACCAGAUGCGGCGAGUGUGGAGAGAUUUCUUCAAACUUCAGAAGCUCCAUUUCCCUGUGAGACUCAAGAUGAGGAGAUGGAAGAUUUGUCAGAUGUCAUCAGUCAAACAAUCAGCCAACAAGCACCCCUGAUUGACUACAAGGGUCUUUAUCUUGUAACUGAUACAAAUCUCUUCAUCCACAACUUGGAUCUGCUUCGGACGAUUGCCAGCACCAACGUAGGCAGUGAGGAGCUGAUCGUUUGCAUACCCUGGGUGGUGAUUCAGGAACUGGACAACAUCAAGAACCGAAAGCGAGACCCGGUGUGGCGAGACGCCGCAGCCGCCAUCUCCUUCAUCUACCAGGCCCUAGCUUCCAAGAAUCCCAGGGUCAGGGGCCAGACCAUUGCCGAGGCAAGGACCAAAGAUGACGUUCUGCCCGGCGACAUUUUGAACACCAACGACGACCACCUUCUUCACUGUUGUCUCUCUCUCAAGGAACAGGGCAGCCGUGUGGUCCUGGUGUCUAAUGACCUUAACCUGCGGAACAAGGCAUUGAUCAACCACAUCCCUUCGUGGUCUGCCCAGCAAGUGGAGAGCAACCUGCGACAGAGACUUGGGAGCGGCCUUGGGAGGUGCAUUUUACCUGAAGAAGACAGCAAACAGGAGGUUGCCCAGAAGUUGGACACGGUGUCAGAAGCACAUCAAAGCAGGGAAGAAACUUGCAACGAGAUGUGCAACAUUCUGAGAGGUACCCUCACUCUGGUCCUCGAAAGUGAGUUGAAGAGUGCCUUUGGGGACCUGUGGCUUCGCGUUGUUGCAGUCAAGCCUCCCUGGACAGAAGUGACAGCCCUGGAGUGUCUCCUCAAACACUGGAUCGCCCUCACUGGCCUCGCAUUUAAGCGGACUCUAAAACCGGUGGUCGAGAACCUGGUCUCUCUCCUGAAAAGCCGACAUGAGCUACUGGACCAACUGGACGCGGCAUUGGGCCUUUCCAUCGACCUGUGCUCGGAGCUGCAGCUGCACUACUUCCAGCUAGCCGAGGACGUCUCUCAGCUAAGGGCCUUGCGGCGGGGGCUGAGGGGUCAGUCCGGCGAGCUGUCGCACCAAGACAGUCCUGCCACGAGUGGAGCAGUGCCCACCGCAUUACGGGAACUGCAGAGGCGGCCACUUCCCCCCCGGGUGGCCAUCCCGCCGCCUAGGACUCCUGUCCCACCGCCUGGGACUUCUGCCGCUGCAGCAUCGCCCGGGGUGCCUCGGCAGGUCGUGGUGGCGGUUUCCAGCCCCCCGUCUUCAACCCCGCCGGUGUUCCCUCGGCCGCAGCUGCUACUCCAGGAGACCUGGGAACUGGUCAACGACUUCUGUGGCACCCUGUGCAAGAGCCUGAAGCGGCCGCACGGGUUCGCCUUCGUGGAGCGGCCGUCCCUGCUGAAGGACCGCUCACGCUUCGGGGAGGUGUACCGCCAGGUGGCCCACGCCAUGGGACACAUGGACAUGAUCCUCAAGACGCCAGAGGGCAGACGCCAGCAAAUGCAGGGCGUGGGCAACCUCUUUGUGCAGUCUCUGAUGAAUCUGCUCAGGCUGCUCAGUCCCAAGGGUGAGGCAGACAGAGUCGUCAGCGGUGUUACCGAGAAAGAAAUGCUGGAGUUCCUCUCUGACAGCAAGUACAAGGAGCUGGUGUUUAACGGCCACAAGCAGUUGGUGAUACUGCACGACACCAUCGGUGACUGCGUGUUGAAAAUCCUGUCCCCUAAGAAAGGCUCGCCCAAGUGACCGAGCAAAUGGGAUAUGGACCCCUUGUGAGUGGUAGCAGGCAAGACUAUGAGGAGUCUGCAUCGGUGCCGUACAGUCACGGAGUUUUGGUUUGCCUUGCAGUGGCAGUGUGACCACUGUAAAACGACCCGUCAUUGACAGUGAUAAUAAUUUGUUAUUUUUAUAACAAUGGCCGGUGCUGUGUUGCACUGCUAUGCCGAAAUAACCUGUGGGAAUUCUCCGCACAAAUAAGUGUAAUACAAGUUGCAUUGUUUCGGAAUAAAGAUAGAAGUUUCAAAGGUU